AUGGACCAAGAACCGGAGACAAAAUGCGAGAUGGAAGCCACAGGACUGCCAUUCUCAGUACCAGUGUGGCAGAGACAGGGGAUUCAGUUUCCCAAGGCCAUGGACAAGUGGGAUGGGGUGGCAAGUCACUCCCCGCCAUCCACCUUCCUCUCCCCCAUCCUGGGAACAGAGACAGGAAAAGGUGCUGCCCUGGAGCUACAGCUUGUAGGAAUCCAAGAGCCAAGCGCAAGCGGGCCGGAGCCGGAGAGGCGCAGGAGAGCCUCCCGGGGUACCCCUGCGCCGCCCUCACCGCCCCCCACGCUGCUGGACGAGGUGGAGCCGCUGGACCUGGAGAGCCUGGCAGCCUGGCGGACCGAGGACGACUACACCUGGUUAUACGUUGGGUCUUCAAAGACAUUCUCAUCAUCAGAAAAAUCCCUGAGCCCUUUGCAGUGGUGUAGACACGUCCUAGAUAAUCCGACUCCGGAGAUGGAAGCAGCAAGGCGCUCCCUGUGCCAUAGACUGGAGCAAGGUUACACCUCCAGGGGCUCCCCUCUCAGUCCCCAGUCGUCUAUAGACAGUGAGCUGAGCACUUCAGAACUGGAGGACGACUCCAUCUCCAUGGGGUACAAGCUACAGGACCUCACUGACGUGCAGAUCAUGGCUCGUCUGCAAGAAGAAAGUCUCAGGCAAGAUUAUGCUUCCACGUCAGCAUCCGUGUCAAGACACAGUUCCAGUGUGUCAUUGAGUUCAGGAAAGAAAGGGACAUGUAGUGAUCAAGAAUAUGAUCGAUUCAGUUUAGAGGAUGAGGAAGAAUUUGACCAUUUGCCACCACCUCAGCCCCGUCUUCCAAGAUGUUCACCCUUCCAAAGAGGAAUCCCCCAUUCACAGACUUUCUCCAGCAUUCGGGAAUGUAGGAGGAGCCCCAGUUCCCAGUAUUUCCCUUCAAAUAGUUACCAGCAGCAACAGUGUUAUUCACCUCAAGCCCAAACUCCAGAUCAGCAACCAAAUAGGACCAAUGGAGACAAGCUCCGAAGAAGUAUGCCUAAUCUAGCUCGGAUGCCAAGCACAAUGGGUGUUAGUAGCAACGUGAGUUCUCCGGUCACCGUGCGAAAUAGUCAGAGCUUUGACUCAAGCUUGCACGGAGCUGGAAAUGGGCUUUCAAGAAUACAGUCUUGUAUUCCAUCACCAGGACAGCUUCAACACAGAAUCCACAGUGUGGGUCAUUUCCCUGUGUCUGUCCGACAGCCUCUUAAAGCCACAGCCUAUGUGAGCCCAACUGUUCAAGGCAGCAGUAACACGCCUUUAUCCAAUGGCUUACAAUUAUAUUCCAACACUGGAAUCCCCACACCAAACAAAGCUACCACUUCUGGGAUCAUGGGCCGCAGUGCACUUCCAAGACCUUCACUGGCAAUAAAUGGGAGUAACCUGCCUCGAAGCAAAAUUGCACAACCUGUCAGAAGUUUCCUUCAGCCUCCAAAGCCUCUGUCUUCACUCAGCACUCUGAGGGACGGAAACUGGAGAGAUGGUUGCUACUGACGCAGUUUUACCUUGAAGAGUGGGAAAGAAGUGGAAAUGAGGGUUGUAUUACCUAGCUGGCUGGGUAACAGUGGAUGUCAGGAUAUUCUUUCCCUUUUGCAUUUUAACAUACUUACUGCAUUGUUUUUCAAUGAACCAAUCACCAGAGACUAAUUAUUGCACUUAAAUAUUUGCCUGAGAUACUGCAGCAUUCUCAAAUCCAUGGUUGCAGUAUUGCGACACUUAGAUCUAGAAAGUUUUUGUAGAACUGCUACGUACCUGAACACUUUUUGAGAGAAUUGAGAUGUAUCAUUAAUGCUUUCUUUGCCAUAUGAGUUUUUAAAGUAACUUGUUCAAUUUACUUACGUGUUCUAAACAUCUUCCCAGUACAUGUUCUGUGUUUUAAUACAUUACAUAUUUACAAAUAUGUUCGAUCAAUGUAUGCUUUGAAAUUUACUUUUUUAUAGUUUACAGGAAUUUUAUUUUUUUGUGCCUAUUUCUUUUUACACCUACGUGAACCACUAUGGAACAACUUAAAUUUUGUGCCAUAAAAAUAUUUUUGUGGUAAGGGACUAUUUUUUUAACUCUGAGGAUAUAUCAGCAAAAAUCCACCAAACAGUUUCAGAGACAUAAUUUUGUGUUGAAUGAGCACUGUGUAAUCUGAAGCAUUGCAAGGAGGUAGCCAGACAGCAAGUUAAAUGGUCUCGUCUUUUUCAUUGUUAAUUUAUUGUCACACAUGGGUUUCAUAUUUAUAAAGGCAUCACAAGCUCAUUGCACUUAAUACCGGCAAUGUUUGCUACUAUACCACCACCGAUUUUCAAUACUUUAUUACAGAGGAUGAAACUGUAAUGUUUUAUUAACAAUGCUUCUGGAAAUGAAUGCAUUUUAAAGCAAAUAAAUCUUUUGAUAGACCUUUUACAAAACCCAUUUGCACUAAUGAAUGCUUUUCUUAUGGUAUAUGACUUAAUAUUUGUUACUGUGUACACUGCUGUUUUGGAAUGUUCAGAAAUAAAGACUAUUUCAGCAA